CAGUUGCAUAAUGGCAGAGCCUACCGUCUCGCCACUGAAGCACUUUGUGCUGGCUAAGAAGACAAUCACUGCCAUCUUCGACCAGCUGCUGGACUAUGUCACUGAAGGAGCAACUUUUGUGGAAGCAACAUACAGGAACCCAGAGCUUGAACAUGUAGCAACAGAAGACGAACUAGCAAAAAUACAGGCAUAUAAAAAUAAGUUAGCAGUCAUCGGUGAGGUGCUUUCACGGAGACACAUGAAAGUGGCAUUUUUUGGCAGAACGAGCAGCGGCAAAAGUUCGGUCAUUAAUGCGAUGCUGUGGGAUAAGGUACUUCCCAGUGGGAUUGGCCAUACAACUAACUGCUUUCUUAGUGUGGAAGGGACAGAUGGAGAUAAGGCUUACCUCAUGACAGAAGGAUCAGAUGAAAAGAAGAGUGUCAAGACAGUCAAUCAGCUUGCUCAUGCACUUCACAUGGAUAAAGAUUUGAAAGCUGGCUGUCUUGUCCAUGUCUUUUGGCCCAAGUCAAAGUGUGCCCUUCUGAGAGAUGAUUUGGUUUUAGUGGACAGCCCUGGCACAGAUGUCACUACAGAACUGGACAGCUGGAUUGACAAAUUCUGCUUAGAUGCUGACGUGUUUGUCUUGGUUGCCAACUCUGAAUCAACUCUCAUGAACACGGAAAAACAUUUUUUCCAUAAAGUGAAUGAACGACUUUCCAAGCCAAACAUCUUCAUCUUGAAUAAUAGAUGGGAUGCCUCUGCAUCAGAACCAGAAUAUAUGGAAGAUGUACGUAGGCAGCACAUGGAGCGCUGUCUGACUUUUCUAGUUGAUGAGCUCAAAGUUAUUGAUCCUGUAGAAGCGAGGAAUCGCAUCUUUUUUGUUUCAGCAAAAGAAGUUCUGAGUGCCAGGAGACAGAAGGCCCAAGGAAUGCCAGAGGGUGGUGGAGCGCUUGCUGAAGGAUUUCAAACAAGAUUGCAGGAAUUUCAGCAUUUUGAGCAGAUAUUUGAGGAGUGUAUCUCGCAGUCAGCCGUGAAAACCAAGUUUGAACAGCACACUAUCAGAGCUAAACAGAUAAUAGAUACUGUGAAAAACAUUAUGGACGCCAUAAACGUAGCAGCAGCAGAGAAAAGAGUCCAUUCAAUGGAAGAGCGAGAAGAUCAGAAGGAUAGACUGGACUUUGUUCGAAAUCAGCUGAACAUUUUGACAGAAGAUACUAAGGAAAAAAUAAAACAUGUUACGGAGGAAGUAGAAAAUAAAGUCUCCUCUGCCAUGACUGAUGAGAUUUGCCGACUUUCAGUUUUAGUUGAUGAAUUUUAUUCAGAUUUUCACCCUUCUCCUCAAGUGUUGAAGCUCUAUAAGACAGAACUGAACAAACAUAUAGAAGAUGGUUUGGGAAAGAACCUGGCUGAUCGUUGCUCCAGUGAAGUCAAUCAGUCAAUGCAUCAGUCGCAGCAGGAGAUGAUUGAAAAUCUGAAACCACUAUUGCCUUCUGGUGCUCAGAAUCAGCUCCACUUGCUAAUUCCGUGCAGGAGGUUUGACCUUAGCUAUGAUCUUAACUGUCAUAGUCUGUGUGCAGAUUUUCAAGAAGAUAUCAUGUUCCGCUUUUCCUUGGGAUGGACUUCACUUGUAAACCGUUUCUUGGGUCCUAAACAAGCUCAGAGAGUACUGUUGGGACUAGCAGACCCAAACUUACAAAUCCCUCGUCCUUUAGCUACCACCCCGUCUGCUGCCAGCCUUCCUGCCAUAACUCCAGAGAACGUAUCGCACGAUGAUUUUAUGGUUCCUUUGGUAAUGAGUUUAGCUUCACUGACAUCACGGACCUCUAUGAGCAUCAUCGUUGUUGGCGGAGUGAUUUGGAGAACAGUAGGCUGGAAACUCAUCUCUCUUUCCUUAAGUAUGUAUGGCUUGUUAUAUCUUUAUGAGAGACUAACUUGGACCACUAAAGCAAAAGAGAGAGCCUUUAAACAGCAGUUUGUAAAUUAUGCUACAGAAAAGCUGCAGAAGAUCGUCAGUCUUACAAGUGCUAAUUGUAGCCACCAGGUGCAACAGGAAAUGGCCACUACCUUUGCUAGGCUGUGUCAGCAGGUGGAUAUUACCCAGAAAAACCUGGAAGAAGAAAUUGCUAGGCUUUCCAAAGAAGUCGAUCAGCUGGAGAACAUCCAGAGCAACUCCAAGCAGCUACGGUAA